AAACUCAAGACUCGUUUCUUCUCGAAGCCAUAACAAUUUCUCGUCCGGGUUUUACUCCCUGUUUUUCGGCGAUGAUAACAUCCUCCGUUUAGCAUUUGACGGCCCGGAGAUUUCCAGCGUUUACUGGCCGGACCCGGGGUUGGUCAGCUGGGACGCGGGGCGGACAAGUUAUGACAGUAGUCGAAUUGCGGCGUUCAAUUCAUCUGGGUAUUUCCGAUCAAGUGAUGAUUUUGAGUUUAAAGCUUUGGAUUACGGUAUUGGGGCUUGGAGAAUAUUGAAAAUGGAUGUGGAUGGGAACGUGAGAUUGUAUAGCUUGGAUGAGGGGAAGAGGAUUUGGAGUGUAUCUUGGCAAGCCAUUAGUCAGCCGUGCAAGAUCCAUGGAGUUUGUGGGCCUAACGCCAUGUGUAAUUAUGAUCAUCCCGGGGAGAAAGAUGGUCGGAGAUGCUCUUGUUUACCCGGGUACAAGGCAAAAAACCUUACAGAUUGGUCUCUCGGGUGUGAACCGGAGUUCAACCUCUCUUGCAACGCUACCGAAUCCGGUUUCAUCAAACUUCCUAACGUCGAAUUUUACGGCCACGAUAUCAAAUUCUAUGAAAAUUACACCUAUAAAAGAUGUGAGGAAGUAUGCUUACGAAGCUGUAAUUGCUACGGCUUCAAUCUCAAAUUUCGCUACGAAGAUGGUUAUUACAAUUGUUAUCCAAAGUUACGGCUGCUUAACGGACAUAGAUGCGCUGCAUUUGGGAAUCCUAUGUAUAUAAGACUGCCCAAAGCCUCUCUCAUUUCUUAUGCAAAUGAAGAACAAGAAAUCGGGUUACAUUGCCCCCCGAGCACACAAAACUUGCUACUUGAUAGACGUUACAAAACAUCAAAACAAAACAGGACGUUGCAGUUUAUGGUUUGGUUCGCCUCUGCAUUAGGCGGAGUAGAAAUAAUUUGUAUUUGUUUCGUAUGGUUGUUGUUGUACAAAACCCAACACAGUUCAAGUGAAAACACACAAGGUUACCUUCAAGUUGCGAGCGGGUUUAGGAAAUUCACUUAUGACGAAUUGAAGAAAGCGACCGGAACUUUUAGGGAAGAAAUCGGAAGAGGAGGCAGUGGGGUUGUGUACAAAGGCGUUUUAUCCAAUCGUAGAGUUGCAGCAAUCAAGAGACUUAACGAGACUAAUAAUGGGGAAGCAGAAUUCUUAGCGGAGGUAAGCACCAUUCGAAGGGUUAACCACAUGAACUUGAUUGAGAUUUGGGGAUACUGCCUUGAAGGAAAUCAUAGGCUAUUGGUUUACGAGUAUAUGGAGCGCGGAUCGUUAGCAGAGAAUCUUAUUUCUGGCACCCUUAAUUGGGAGAAGAGGUUUGAUAUCGCGGUUGGGUCUGCGAAAGGGCUAUCUUAUCUGCACGAAGAGUGUUUGGAGUGGGUUCUCCAUUGCGAUGUGAAGCCUCAAAACAUUCUGUUGGACGCUAAUUUCCAAUCCAAGGUUGCGGAUUUCGGCCUCUCCAAGUUAGUAAACAGAGGGGGCGGUGGAAAGAAUUCGAGUUUUUCCAGAGUAAGGGGGACGAGAGGUUACAUGGCGCCCGAAUGGAUUGCCUACCUCCCUAUCUCAUCCAAAGUCGAUGUUUAUAGCUACGGAGUGGUGGUGAUGGAAAUGGUCACAGGAAAGAGCCCGAUGACAAUGGGUGGUCAGGGGUCUGGAAAUACAGGGGAGAUGGAACAGAGAGGGCUGGUGAAGUGGGUAAGGGAGAAGAUGAAUGGGACUGGAGAGAAUGAACUGUGGCUUGAAGAGAUCAUUGAUCCAGUGAUGAAGGGGAAAUGUGAUUUAAGGAAGAUGGAGAAAUUGGUUCAAGUGGCAUUAGAAUGUUUAAAGGAAGACAAAGAUGCAAGACCAACCAUGAGACAAGUUAUAGAGAGGCUUCUACCCCAUUAAAAUGAUGGAUAGAACAUUGGCUUGAAAACAAGGAAAAGUUUUGACUUUAGGUUUCAGACUUUCAGUUUAUGCAUCAUUCUAAGUCUAGCCUUUACCAUAUGUAUGCAUCAUUCUAGUAUGCUCUAGCCAUUAAAUAAUGAGUUGAAACUUUUGCUUUCAUUCCUAUGUGUCAAUAGAAUAAGAAAACUCGAAGU